GUCUACGCGUUCGACCUCUUCGAAGAGCGCUUCUGCGCGAUGCUCACGGAAGAGGUGGACGCGUACGAGGUCUCGGGGCUUCCGAAACGCCGCCCGAACACGAUGAACGCGUCGGGGCUGAUCGUGAACGAGAUCGGGAUGUGGGGCCUGAUGACGGACGUCGUGAAAGCGCUCGCGUCGCCGCUCGCGGCGGCGCUGUACCGCGACGAAAUAUUCGCCGACUCUCUCGACCACCACCACUCGUUCGUCGUGCACUACGCGCGCGACAAGGACACGCGCCUGGACAUGCAUCACGACGCGAGCGAGGUGACGCUAAACGUGUGUAUCGGAAGGGACCACUUCGAGGGCGCGGGGCUGCGGUUCUGCGGGCGGUUCGGCGACGCGAACCAUCGCUCCGGGCCGUCGUUCGCGGUGUCACACGUCCCGGGCCGCGCGGUGAUGCACUUGGGCAGGCAGCGGCACGGCGCGGACGUCAUCGCCGCGGGGGAGCGGAUGAACUUGAUCGUGUGGGCGAGGUCGUCG